UUCCCCCUCUCGAAAGUCGCGCCUCCAGGGCGCUUAGGUCCCUGCUGCAGUGUGACAUCCCCGCCAAUUGGUCCAUCUAGAUGAUGCUAUUUUUAACCGUGUUAGUCUCAAGAUGCGAGCGCUUAAAAGUGCGAUGGAUGAGAAUAUAAUAUCAACCAACAUGCUUUCCAUUCUGGGGAAUUCCCAUGCUUGCUAUUGUCCUUGUUUUUGUUUUAUGUGGAAACAAUUUUACGUGACAAUUUUGUUUUGACCAUGAAGCGAUAGCAGCAUAAUUGACAUUUUCAUCGUCUUGCUAGCCUAGACACCCCCUCUAUUGAUACCCCUACUCUUCUGGGAAGAAGUAUAUACUGUUUGAUACAGAACAAUGUCGACUCCAACCCCAGGCGGGUUCUCUCUAUUCCCGAGUCCCAACUCAUCAAAACCACCGCCUGUCUCACGGAACCAAACACCAAAACCUCGUCGUUCUGAAUCUCGCGAGAGGAGAGCUCCUACACCCAGUGACAGACGAGCCCCGACACCAAGCGAUCGACGGGCCGCAACACCACAGGCAAUGUCUCCAGAACCAAGACCGGCGUCGCCGAGAAAUGGACGACAGACUCCCCAGAAUAGAGCUCACACACCCAUUGAAUUCGAGCCUGUGCAGAGUGAACCGCCCAAGCCUGUAAAGGUUCAACGACCUAGACCGACGGUUCAGAUCCCUGGGCGUUCUGAUACUGGCUUUGCGCAGGGCAAUACCCUUGUUAGAAGUAGCAGUGAUCGAUCACGAAGUUCAAUUGCCAAACCACCUUUGGGCGGUGAAACUACUGCGCAGCCAUUACGGUCCAUCUUCCCGGCUUAUAACCCAGAGGUACCACUCGGUCAACAGAACUAUGUUCCCACAGAGAUUCAACCAACGCAAAUGCCGCGAGCUGUUAUAAGUCGUCAGACAUACCACGAAACACCCGCUGGAUCAGCCCCUCGAAACCCCGUUCGAAGUCCAGUCAUAAGUCCCAUGAGCGUUCAAUCAGCUCAAUCAUCAUGGCCGCAUCGAAAUGUCCAGCAACAAGAACCACCACUGAUUCCAACGGUCAGUUCGAAUGAACAGCUCAAGAACUACUGGAAAGUCGCAAAUGGAUGGCAAGCCUCACCGUCAGAGGGUCGAGUCUACUGCAUGAAACUAGCCCAAGAGAAAGAUGCACCUGUAUACAGCCUCUCAUCAGCUUCACAACCAUUUUACAACCUCCGCAUAGAUCCAACGUCUGCUUCGGCAUAUGUUACUCUCACAAGACAUGAUCCCAACAAACCAUACAAAGCACCCAAGCCAGAAGCUAGUUCUUCGGCAAGCAGCAUCAUCAGCGGUGUCGUCGGCCACAACAGUAAUUCCUCCGGUACAAAAGUCACCGACACAAAACACUGGCAAGAAGCUCUCACCACAACCCUCGAAGAAGAAUCCCGUCGCCAUCCUCCAAACGAUGGCCUCGUCGCUCUUCUCAUGCCAACGCCCGCUACAAAAAUGGCCAUCGAGCGCGCCCAAGAUCCCCAAUCCGUCAUGCUAGCAGAGCGCGAAUGCGCCCGUCUCGUCUGGGACGAAGACAGUUCCCACCACUUCCUUGUCCACCCAUCCCUCGCAACACCAUUCUGCGUAACAAUCGAGCGCUCACCAUCUUGGUCGAGGGUAGAGUAUACCCUCGAGCACAACGAAUCACCACAACAUCUCGCGAAACUCACACGCGACGGCACAGGCGGUGGCUGGCUCGAGAUCGACACGGGCAUCGCUGCAAAGAUAGAAUCCUACUUCAUCGUCGACGUCGCCGUAACAGCACUUCUCCUCGUCGCAUCAGCCGAUGAAAAGAACACUCCUGCAAUGGAAGUCUUCGAACCGCCACCUCCUCUCAUCCUCACAGCCAAGCAAGAAAAGCGCCUUAGCAAAAUCGGCAAACGCGACGAGAGAAAGAAGCGCCACAUGGAGUCAUUCGAGAUUGACGUUGAGAGCCAAGAUGAGAGUUUAGGUAAAAGCAAACCGCGAGAAAAGGAGGAUAAACUGCCCUUCCUGAUCCGGGUCAUCGUCAAGAUCGUAAAGGGUCUGUUUGCGUGCUUUAUCUGGAUAUUGACGAUAAGCUUCAAAUGCGUUGGUUUCGCAUUCAAGGGCUGUUACAAGUGUGUAGGAUCAAAGUAUUAAUGACGGACAUGGACAUUUAUUUUAAUUCGAGCGCGGCCAGUUCUUUUUCUGUAUCAUAAACCCAUGGCGUUUUGAAGGGUAUCUAUUAGCUAGCGAGCCGUAAUGAACUGAACACGAAAUGACGAGAAAAGCUCCGUAAUUCAAAUUAAUUCUUGGUGAUGUG